UUUCUCAUUCGUUCAUUAAAUACAUAUUUACUUGCUUGUAGGCACUGGGGAUGUAUCCCGAGAACCAGCUGGCCAUGACCCCAGCCCUUCUAGAGAUGGGGGAGGGGCGUGAAUAGACAGUUAAAUAAAAGGAUAAAUUUCAGUUUACCAUGUAAAAAAUGAAACUACAUGAGAUAUUAGAGAAGGUUCGAGGGAGCUAAUUUAUAUUGAAUGGUCAGGCAAGGCCCCUCUGAAGAGGCGAGGUUUGAACUAAGUCAAAGAUGAGAAGGAACUCAAGGAAGGAAUCGUGUACCAGAGAGAACACCUGUGUUAACCAGAGGAAAAACAUUUGGGGUGAUUGAGAACAGUCCGGUUGUGCCUGGAGAGUGGUUGGAACUAGUUUUGGGCGUUUCCAUUAUCCCACUUUACCGCCAGGUUACAGACUGUGAAAUAUGGCAAAGGCAAUGGAGAACAAGUUUUCAGUUUAAUAAUAAGAAAAGAGAGUUAAGCAGAAUACAGUCAGAUGAACUGCUGGUGAAUACGUGUCUUAGAGGGGAAAGGCUCAGAAAAUUAUAGUUACGUACAGAUUCAAAUCUUUGUCAGCUUCUUAAAUAGCCAUAUUUAGUUCAUCAAAUAUUUGCUGAGCUCUACGAAUACCCCAGGCAGUAUAUGCUAGCUUGGGAAUACAGAGAUGACUAAAACGCUGAUCUUUGUCCUCAAAUAUGUAUGAAUGUGAUUCUAUACACAUGAGUUCUUUUUCUGUCUCUUGUAUAUAUAUGUGUGUGUGUACAAUAGAACGGCUCCAUAGGGCCUUCAAGGCUGUGACCUUUUGGAAGCAGAUUGCCAGGCCUAUGUUCUUAUUUGGAAAUUAAUACAAUCUUCCUUUUAGAAUUGAAGUUUAAAUGAGUUAACGUAAAUACUUAGGAAGGUGCCUGGCAUACAGUAAACAUUCCGUUAAUAAUAGGAGUUAUUGUUGUCAAAGAGCCUUGGUGGCACAGUGGUUGAGAGCUCAGCUUCUAAGCAAAAGGUUGGAGUUUGAAUCCACCAGCUGCUCCUUGGGAACCCUGUGGGACAGUUCUACUCUGUCCUGUAGGGUCGCUAUGAGUUGGAAUCGACUCGACAGCAACGGGGUUUUUUGAUAUUGUUAUCAUUAAGGAGCCCUGGUGAUGCAGUGGUUAAAGUGCUCAGCUGCUAACUGGAAGACUGGUGGUUCGAACAUACCAGCUGCUCUGUGAGAGAAAGGUGUGGCAGUCUGCUUCUGUCAAGAUUUAUAGCCUUGGAAACCUUAUGGGGCAGUUCUGCUCUGUCCUGUAGGGUCGUUGUGAGUUGCAAUUGACAGCGCUGGGUUAGGUGUUUGGGUAUUGUUUUAUGAAGCAGUAGUUGACUGGUAUAAAAAAGUUGAUUGGUAUAGAUAUUAGACAAGUGAUGUAAGCAAUGAAAAUUUUAAGCAGUGUGGUGUAAGGGCAAGAACACUGGAGUAGGACAUUGGGGUUCUAGUUUUAGCACUUCUGCCUUCAGAUAGUCAUUUGGCAUCCAGACCAGAAGUUUACAUAGAAAACAAAGUAGUGGAACUAAAUAGUACUAGCAAAAAUAUAGGGUGUUUUACAAUUCAUAAAACUCUUUUACAAGUAUUACGUUUUUCAGGCCCCAUAAGGACCUACGUAGUGGUAGAGCCCUUUUACUGCUCUCUAUUUAAACACCCUUCGAAAGCUUUCGUCAUUUCCUUAUCCCUGUGCUCUAGACAUACUGGCCUUCAGCUUCGGGACAGUGUGGCCUACUUUCUGCACAGGCCCUUUGGACAUGCUGUUCCCUCAGGCUGGAAUGCUGACAUGCCUUGACCCCUGCAUGCACACAUACCUUAGCCUUGCAGAUCUUACCGCCAGCAUCACUUACCCUGGACAGCCCUCCCUGACACCCACUGCUAGUCUAGAUCAGAUUCUAUAUACUGUGUUCUUUCCUUCGUAAUCUUUAUCUCACUUUGUAGUUACACAGUCCUUCUGUGAUUGUAUGGAACCCUCAUGGCACAGUGGUUAAAGAGCUUGGCUGCUAGCCAAAAGGUCAGCAGUUCAAAUCUACUAGCUGCUCCUUGGAAAUCCUACAGGGCGGUUCUACGCUGUCCUAUAAGGGUCGCUAUAAGUCAGAAUCAACUUGAUGGCAGCAGGUUUGGUUUUCGGUUUUAUAUGAUUGUUGGAUUAAUGUCUGCCCCCUUUACCACACUGUAAGCUUUAUGAGAGCAAGAUUCAUUUUGCUUACCGUUAUAUUGCUAGUACUUAGCAGAGUGCCUAGCACUAUUUGUUGAAUGAAUGAAUUGUUACUAAUUUAUAUCACUGAUAGUUACAUUGCUGCACAUUAAUGAGUGCAUUUUUAUGUGGGCUUUUUUGGCAAUUAAAAUAGCAGUGCCAGCAAUAAAAUGUCUGUUACAGUAUUUGGAUGAAUUUAUGAAGUGGUUCUUGACCGACGGCACUGCUUGGAGAUGUAAAUAUGGAUAAGGUGAUUCUUUUUAGCCACUUACGUAGUGAUUGCUGGUUUGUUUUUUUUAAGAUGAGAAAUAGCUGAUUUUCAUAAUAAAUUACGAUGUAGUUAUUUGAGAGCUAAUAAGUUCGUAUAUGAAGAAGUAAAUAACCCGAAUAUAAUCAUGUCAUCUACUUUAACUAAAGAAACAAAGCACCAAGCUAAUGUGAUUUUCUCGAGAUUAAAAAUUCUGGUCAUUCUUUCUCCAUCACAAGGGAUCAGAUAUCAGGGAAGAAGUCUUUGGUGGUUUUGCAGGACGUUGUGAGUUGAAAGUUUCUGUGGCCAUUAAUUUUAAAAAUUCAUCUUUCCAAAUCUUUGCUUCACCAAGGUUAAAAGCAGAUUUUGUGAAGUAUAUAACAACUUUCCACCGGAAAGAGUGGUAAAGAGAAUAUUUCUGUUGACUUAUUUGAUAUAAUACAGAUUUUCCCGAUAAAAUGACUGCUGUGAUAUUUUAAAAACAGUAACAGCCCCAUUUUUAUUUCAUGUAUUUUUUGGAUUAAAUUAAAGAAUUUUUGGUAUCACUUGUUCAAUUUACCACUUUUAAGCCCUUUAACUAAUUAUUCAGGGUAACCGGACAACAGAUAGUUUAAUGAAAAAGUGAUGUAUUGUCUUACACCAUUAAAUUACUUAUUUAUUGCUUUUGUAAAAAACAGCUUGGGGGCAGUGUCUGAUCUCUUCUAACGUCACAAGAAAAAAAAAAACGCAGUGCCAUAGAGUCGAUUCCGACUCAUGGUGACCCUAUAGGACAGAGUAAAACUGCCUCAUAGAGUUUCCAAGGAGCGCCUGACAGAUUCAAACUGCUGACCCUUUGGCUGAUUGCUGUGAGCAGAGAUCAAACGUGCCUCCUCUCUCUGCCAUCUUUUCCAAUUCUGACACCAACCAUUACUCCCAUGGCACUCUCUACUUCUCUACAGGGUUUGAUAAUUCAUUGCAGUGGCCACACAGAAUUCACAGACAAUACUCAUGAUUAUGGGGUUUAUUAGGGAAGUAUAGGUUACAAUUCAGGUUGAGGAAUGCUCAGGAUACUGUUCUUCCAUCAGGACAGCCCCUUCCCAGCCAUGCUCACGGGCACAUCUCUCUGACCCUCAGCCCUGCUCCAGCAAGUGUUAGAAAACUCUUUUAGUUAAGCCAGUAAGUGCCCAGAGGCACUCUCCUCCGCCAGCAAGCCUUCUGCCCAAAGGCACUCAGCUUUCUCACUCCAUGAGCUGGGAAGCCCACCAUUCUGUCUCCUGCUGUAGUUUUUCUGCCACUGACUGCUUCUCUUGAAGUGUCUUUCACCAGCUCCUGGUUCCAGGAGCUUCUCAGCCAGGGGUCCUGGGUCCAAAAGAUGCACUCUUCACUCCUGACCUUUCUUGGCGGUGGUGGGAUUCUCUCCUUCCCACCUCUGGGAUGGCUCAUUUCAAGCCCAGCAAGAAGGGAAAAACUGACCCCCUGGUGGGACACAGUUAUUCUAUCUGCACAGUCCCACCUAAUCACAUGGGUUGAAGUUACAAGACCGUGGCGAAAAAGGCCACACGAAAACAAUUCCUUGCGUCACGGCUUUCAACAGUUGUAUCUAUAGGGUUGCUAUGAAUCGGAAUCAACUUGACAGCAGUGGGUUUGUUUUUUUGAGUUUAUUUACAGUGAACUUGAGAUUCUGUUUUCCUGAACAUAUCUUUACAGAAAGAAGAAAACCCUAUGUGUAAUAACCUUCUCACUUUAUGAGGACUGCUGGAAUGUUUUUAACACUUGUCUCCUAGGAGUCAAAUGACAACGUGGUGCAACGGAAAGAGCUUGGGCUAUGGAGGACUGCCUAUGGCUGCGGUAGCAGUAAGAGAAUCUCUCAGCAUCAUCUGAGGAUUUUGUUUUACCUCACGUUGUGAUGUCCUUGAAGAAGCAGCCUGUGUCUUUUUUAUUUACAUAAGAGGAUAGGAUAUGAUUCCAAAACUGCUGUUGAUGAUGCCUGAAGCUGCUUUGGAGGCAGAAAAUCAACAGUGAGAUCAAGAAUUGUAAGAAUUCAAGUAUGAAGAAGGUUGAUGCUCUGGGUAUUAGAGGUUUGAGAUAGCCCAGGGUACUGUCCCAACAGGAAAUUGGUAUGGAAGAGAAAGGCGGGGGCACUUGCCAUACCAGAGCAAAACCUUUAUUAGAAAGCUACAGUGAUAAGACAGUGGUAUUGGCAUAGAGAAAGAGAAGUGGAACAGAAUAGAGAACCUAGAGUUACAUUCACAUAUCUAGGGAAACCUAAGAUAUGGCAGAGGUGACAUUGCAGGUCAGUGGAGAAAAGGAUAGAUUGUUCAAUAAAUGGUGCUAGAAAACUGAUUAUCCAUAUGGGAAAGAAAUUAAUUGGAUCCUUACUCCUCAUCAGACUCAAGAAUUAAUCUGCAAAUGGAUUAAAAGACUUAUAUGUGAGGAGCAAAACUUAAACACUUAGAAGAAAAUAUACCAAAUUAUGACUUUGGGGGUGGAACAAGAUUUUUAUAAAUAAAACAUAAAAGUACAAACUAUAAAGGAAAAUAUCAAUAAAUUCAGCCAUAUUAAAUUCAAGAACUCCUGUUCAUCUAAAGAUGCCAUAAACAGAUGAGCCACAGAGUGGGAGAAGAUAUUUGUAGCUCAUAUAAUCAACAAAGAAUUUAUGUCCAGAAUAUUUAGCUUUUCUAAGCUAAACAAGUUUACUACUACUUCUCUGUGACCUAACAUCUCUAGUCACUAGUCAUUAGAAUUCCCUUGGGACCCCAAGCCCUGUGAGAGGUUGUUAGGUGCUGAAAAUAUGAGUGUUACGGUGAAUUAUUACAGAAAGUUUUCUGAGUUACUAAGUCUCUGUAAAAUCACGCAGUCAUUUAUAAAGUCUACUUCAACUCUAAACUUCAAGGAUUAAGCCAUUAAUUUUAAGGAAAAUCAAUAGAAGGAUAUGCCUUUCUAGAUCUCUCUUAUUUGUAUACUAUUCAGUAAUAUUUCCCUAACAAUAUUCCUGCAGCAUUCAAAUUCACGUAUUUCUAGCAUCAGACUGUAGUCGAUAAUAGCAGCAGAAAUACUGGUAACUCCUAAAAGUGCUAAAAUUAGUAGUUGCUCCUGCAUGUUUGAAUUUUAGUUCUUAAUAAGAGUGUAUAACCACUAUUGUCUUUAUCCAUUUGAUUUUUGAGAGCUCUCAUUUACUGUUUUAAGGAAAAAGAUUAUAGAACUGUAGACUUUUCAUAUGCAAUAAUUAUUUUAAACAACAGUUGAUUGACUUCUAGAAAUAGUACAUUUGAAGUAUGCGUUUUUCCUUCCAUUUCUGUUAGUUGGAACAAGACUGUAGCAAGGGGAAAUACCAGAGUGUUUCUCUGUGCUUUCCCUUUUAGAAACAAAAGUAAAAAAGACUUUACUGCUUACAGAAAGAAUAAAUAACCACGAACACCGUCUCCACAGUUUCAAACCUAAUCCCGUUAUGUGAAAAUGAAGACUCACUGAUACUGGUGACCUGGCCUCCACCAUAGCAGCUGUUGCGGUACUGCUCUUACAGGUUUUUGACUCCUUGAAGGCAGGGGCCAGGAAUUUAUAUUUGUCAAUCACAGUUUCAUGGUGCCAUUUCUCCCGUGUUGCCAUUUUGGCAGUAAAUAACGUAAAGGGGAAUUAUGGUAAUAGAAGUGGCUAUCUAGUAGUGGAUAGAAUAAUUUAGAAAGUUACCAGAGACUUAAAGUUUUAUCAGUAUAAUACUUUAAAUAAAAACUGCAGGAAAGGGUUUUGUGAAAUCUCAUUGCAAAAUAGUUAAGAAUAGUUUGUGAUUGAAGAAGGGCCAAAAAAAUGAGCUAUGUACACAUUUGUAUGUGUUAUGUGCACAGUAAUAUCAUUUUUACAUGUAAAUCUGGGAAAUAAAUGAUACCAGAGUUUCGUUCUCCUCUUAACCAUGGUACUUAUACAGUCAGUGAUUCGUCUAGGAACUAGUCCAAAGUUCUUGUUUUUAGAUGCUAUCGAGUCAGCUCCAACUCAUAGUGACCCUUUAUACAACAGAUCGAAACACCGCCCAGUCCUGCGCCAUCCUCACAAACAUUGCUGUGUUUGAGCCCAUUGUUGCAGCCUCUGUGUCACUGCAUCUAGUUGAAGGUCUUCUGUUUUUCGCUGACCCUCUACUUUACCAAGCAUGAUAUCCUUCUCCAGGGACUGGUCUGUCCAGGUAACAUGUCCAAACCACAUGAUACAAAGUCUCGCCAUCCUCACUUAAAGGAGCAUUCUGGCUGUAUGUUUUCCAAGACAGACUUGUUCAUUCUUUGGUAGUCCACAGUAUAUUCAAUAUUCUUCACCAGCACCAUAAUUCAAAGGCAUCAGUUCUUCUCCCGUCUUCCUUAUUCAUUGUCCAGUCUUUGCAUUCAUAUGAGGCAGUUAAAAUACCAUGGCUUGGCUCAGGUGAAACAGCCCAGAUGGUACAGUGGUUAAAGCACUUGGCUGCUAACCAAAAGGUUGGCGGUUCAAACCCAGCAGCUGCUCUGUGGGAGAAAGACGUAGCGGUUUGCUUCUGUAAAGAUUUACAGCCUUGGGAACCCUAUGGGGCAGUUGUACUCUGUCCUAUAGGGUUGCUAUGAGUCGUGGUUGACUUGACGGCAGUGGGGUGUUUUUUGGGGGGGGGAGGUCAGGUGCCUUUUAGUCCUCAAGGUGACAUCUUUGCUUUUUAACACUUUAAAGAGGUCUUUUGCAGUGGAUUUGCCCCAUGCAAUACGUCAUUUGAUUUCUUGACUGCUUUUUUUUUCUUCCAUGGUCGUUGAUUGUAGAUCCAAGUAAAAGAAAUCCUUGACAACUUCAGUAUUUUCUCCAUUUAUGGUGAUGGUCCAGUUGUGAGGAUUUUUGUUUUCUUUGUGUUGAGGUGUCAUCCAUACUGAAGGCUGUAGUCUUUGAUCUUCAUCAAUAAGUGCUUCAAGUCUUCUUCACUUUCAGCAAGCGAAGUUGUGUCAUCUGCCUGUUGCAGGUUGUUAAUGAGCUCUUCUCCAGUCAUGCUGCAGCAUUCCUCUUCAUAUAGUCCAGCUUCUCAGACUAUUUGCUUAGCAUACAGACUGAAUAAAUGUGGUGAAAAGGUACAACUCUGACACACACCUUUGCUGAUUUUAAACCAUGCGGUAUCCCCUUGUUCUGUUCUGUUCAAAAGCACCCUUGCUUUUGAAAGGAAAAAUACAUCAGUGUGCUCUUUUGUUUCUCUUGGUCUGUGUACAGGUUCUUCAUGAGCACAAUGAAGUGUUCUGGAAUUCUCAUUCUUUGCAAUGUUAUCCAUAAUUUGUUACAAUCCACGCAGUCUUGUGCCUUUGCAUAGUAAGUAAAACACAAGUAAUCAUCUUUCUGGUAUUCUCUGCUUUCAGCCAAGAUCCAUCUGACAUGAGCAACGAUAUCCCUUGUUCCACGUCCUCUUCUGAACCCAGCUUGAAUUUCUGGCAGUUCCCUGUCGAUGUGUUGCUACAGCCGUUUUUGAAUUAUCUUCAGCAUAAUUUUACUCAUGUGUAAUAUUAAUGACAAGUCAAAACCAAACCAAACCCAGUGCCGUCGAGUCAAUUCCGACUCAUAGCGACCCUAUAGGACAGAGUAAAACUGCCCCGUAGAGUUUCCAAGGAGUGCCUGGUGGAUUCAAACUGCCGACCCUUUGGUUAGCAGCUGUAGCACUUAACCACUAUGCCACCAGGGUUUCCAAUAUUAAAGAUAUUGUCCAAUAAUUUCUGCAUUCUAUUAGAUCACCUUCCUUUGGAAAGGGUACAAAUAUGGAUCUCUUCCAGUCUGUUGGCCAGGUAGCUGUCUUCCAAAUUGCUUGGCAUAGAUGAAUGAGUGCUUCCAGUUUUGGAUCCAUUUGUUGAAACAUCUUAAUUGGUGUUCUGUCAAUUACUGGAGCCUUGUUUUUCAGCACUCCCUUCACUGGACUCCCUUUAGCUUGAAUUAUUUGUGGCAGGGUUAUUGGGAAACAUUUCGGGGAGUGUUCAGAGAAGCUGUGUCUUAUAGCUGGAAGAGACCAGGGGGUUUGCAUGUACAGCUGUUUCAUCAGCAAUGUUUAUGGUCAAGUGGCCCUGACUCAGGAGACUAGCAUACUUUUGAUUUUUAGAUUAUCUGUCUCAAUUUUUGCAAAUGAUGGCACCAUACCUACUUUUUUCUAUUAAUAGAAAGCUGAAUUACCUGGUUUUCUUAAUCUAAUAAGGAUUUUAAAGUAUGCAUUGAUAAAUUUAUGGGUACCAUUUUCUUAGCACAGUUCAGUGAUGCAAUGUCUUUAAUUCUUUUCUCUAUUAAUGAUAAUGUUUGCCUUUCAACCAUGCAUGAGGUUAGCACCUAGGCAGGGUUUUGCUUCUCACAUUGCCACUAGUAACAGAAGCAUAGUUGAUGAUAGCCAUCUAGUGCUCCGUAUCCAGAGUUGAUCUCACACCUUUCUCAGAUAGCCACCUUCUUUUUCAGCAUAGUGUGACAGGGAGCUAUCAAAAAAGGUGUGAUUCCUACCUCCUUGAGACGUGAACUAAACUGUUACAACCCAAGAGACUUGAUUAGAAUUAAAGCUCCAAAUUCAUCUUUGUCUAUAUUUACCAGGGGUUGUCUUGUUUUCACACUGACAUGUUUCUACAAAUAAUUUUGUACCUGUAACUGAAGAAGUUGUAUCCAGAUAUGCUUAACCUGCUAGCUCUUUCUCCAGUAGAGGGCAAAAUCUGCAUAAGGUAGUACCAAAGAUGAGUUUUGAUUGCUAGUAUUUUUCAAGUAGCCUGGUUUCUCUCCACCUGAUGGAAGUUGCUGCAUCUUUCCAAACAGGUUCUCUAAUGAUCUUGCUUCACCAUGGCUACAAAUAUGGAGGGGCUGGUUCAGCACAGAGUGGGGACCCAGCAGGUGGCUGAGAGAAUUACUUUGGAAGCCACGUGGAAAACAGCUACUAUAGGGGAGCAUGAGUGGAAGCAGAAGGACCAGGUACCACGUGCUCAGACUUCUCGUUCGGAAUCUCCAGGGAUGACCAGCCCCUCCCCGCGCAUCCAGAUAAUCUCCACUGACUCUGCAGUAGCCUCUCCUCAGCGCAUUCAGAUUGUGACAGACCAGCAGACAGGACAGAAGAUCCAGAUAGUCACUGCAGUGGACGCCUCCGGAUCCCCCAAACAGCAGUUCAUCCUAACCAGCCCAGAUGGAGCUGGAACUGGGAAGGUGAUCCUGGCUUCACCGGAGACAUCCAGCGCCAAGCAGCUCAUAUUCACCACCUCUGACAAUCUCGUCCCUGGCAGGAUCCAGAUCGUCACGGAUUCUGCUUCUGUCGAGCGUUUGCUGGGGAAGGCCGACGUCCAGCGGCCCCAGGUGGUAGAGUACUGUGUGGUCUGUGGAGACAAAGCCUCUGGUCGUCACUAUGGGGCCGUCAGCUGUGAAGGUUGCAAAGGUUUCUUCAAAAGGAGUGUGAGGAAAAAUUUAACCUACAGCUGUCGGAGCAACCAAGACUGCAUCAUCAAUAAACACCAUCGGAACCGCUGUCAGUUUUGCCGGCUGAAAAAAUGCUUAGAGAUGGGCAUGAAAAUGGAAUCUGUGCAGAGUGAACGGAAACCCUUCGAUGUGCAGCGGGAGAAGCCAAGCAAUUGUGCUGCUUCAACUGAGAAAAUCUAUAUCCGGAAGGACCUGAGAAGUCCCCUGAUAGCCACCCCCACAUUUGUGGCAGACAAAGAUGGAGCAAGACAGACAGGUCUUCUUGAUCCAGGGAUGCUUGUGAACAUCCAACAGCCUUUGAUACGUGAGGACGGCACAGUUCUCCUGGCCACGGAUUCCAAGGCAGAAACAAGCCAGGGAGCCCUGGGUACACUAGCAAAUGUAGUGACUUCCCUUGCCAACCUGAGUGAAUCCCUUAACAAUGGUGACACUUCAGAGAUCCAGCCGGAGGACCAGUCUGCAAGUGAGAUCACCCGGAGGGACCAGUCAAUCCUGCCCAUUGUGCCAGUCGUCAGGGCAUUCGAUACCUUAGCUAAAGCACUUAAUACCACAGACAGCUCCUCUCCCCCAAGCCUGGCAGAUGGGAUAGACACCAGUGGAGGAGGGAGCAUCCAUGUCAUCAGCAGAGACCAGUCAACACCCAUCAUUGAAGUGGAAGGUCCCCUCCUUUCAGACACACAUGUCACAUUUAAGCUAACGAUGCCCAGCCCGAUGCCAGAGUACCUCAAUGUGCACUACAUCUGCGAGUCUGCAUCCCGCCUGCUCUUCCUUUCCAUGCACUGGGCUAGGUCAAUCCCAGCCUUUCAGGCACUUGGGCAGGACUGCAACACCAGCCUCGUGCGGGCCUGCUGGAACGAGCUCUUCACCCUUGGCCUGGCCCAGUGUGCCCAGGUCAUGAGCCUCUCCACCAUCCUGGCUGCCAUCGUCAACCACCUGCAGAACAGCAUCCAGGAAGAUAAACUUUCUGGCGACCGGAUAAAGCAAGUCAUGGAACACAUCUGGAAGCUGCAGGAGUUCUGUAACAGUAUGGCGAAGCUGGAUAUAGACGGCUAUGAGUAUGCAUACCUUAAAGCUAUAGUUCUCUUUAGCCCCGAUCAUCCAGGUUUGACCAGCACAAGCCAGAUUGAAAAAUUCCAAGAAAAGGCACAGAUGGAGUUGCAGGACUAUGUUCAGAAAACCUACUCAGAAGAUACCUACCGCUUGGCCCGGAUUCUUGUCCGCCUGCCAGCACUCAGGCUGAUGAGCUCCAACAUAACUGAAGAACUCUUUUUUACUGGUCUCAUUGGCAACGUUUCAAUAGACAGCAUAAUCCCCUACAUCCUCAAGAUGGAGACAGCAGAGUACAACGGCCAGAUCACCGGAGCCAGUCUAUAGUGCACAUUGCACAUCUGCUGAGGGACAGAAGACACCUCCAGAAUCAUACAAAGAAAAUAAAAGUAGUGGUAUUUUGGUAUGUGCACAUAUUUCCAGUAUGUUAGCCAUUUCCUACCUGGUUUCUUUCUAUCUGUUAAUCCCUGAAAAUAGCAACUAAAAGACUAGUAGGAUCCUUUCUUGCUAUAAGAAAUGUUUUAAUGCCUUUCAAUGACGUAGCAAAUUUUGGAACAAUCUUUUAACUCAGUUUGUAUUUAGAAAUUCUCAAAGGGCAAAAAACAAAAAAUUUUUUAUAAUGUCAGAGACUAGUAUUAAAACUAAAAGAACCUAAGAAAACAGUAUGCGUGUAUAUAUGUUAAAAAUGUCCUUGGAAUUAAUAGCUACUAAUUACCAGGGUAAUAAUAUUAGCACUUUCUAAGCACUUCUUGUCAAUGCGUAAUGUUAGCAACAUCUUGCCUAUGGACAGGGCAAAUGAAAACUAUAUGUCUUUUGCUGAAAUGGUAAUGACUUCUGUGAAAACUCACUAGGGUACAGGAGACAAUCGUUUGUUUAUGUGUAAGAAAAGAGGGCAUCAUUCCUAAUUUUAUGCACAUUUUGGUGGUGGUAAGCUAAAUUCCUGUGAACAAACGCAAACGUGGCUUAUUUACAGCAUGAACUGAAAGGAUGGUAGCACAGUCAGUGGCGGCCCAAACCAGAAGCUUCUAGCCACAUAGUUGAUGGCUAUCAGGUUCCCUGACCACAUGGUCCUGGUGUGUGAUGGGUGGUCCACAGAGCCUAUGGUUCUCUUCUGAUGAUGGUUCUCAGAAUCAGAUUGCAUCCUAGUUAGAGAUGAACUGCCAAAUGAGACAUGCAAUUUCUCCAGCAAGUGAAGCCAUCCCCAAAUCGUCUCUGCCAGAGUGCGAGGCAGGUGGAGCCAUCUGACCAACAAGUGCAAGGUGGGCAUUUGGAGCCCUUGCCUGGAUUUCCUGAGUGUGGCCAAGGGUGGCUGCAUGUUGUUCAGAUGGAGGAGUGGAGGCCUCCUUGGAGUUUAGGGUUCCUUCCUUAGUGGUUUCCAUUCCAGACGCCUCGAGAGGCAUCUGUGUUCUGCAGCACAGUCAGAACAGACUGGCAGUGGAGCUGUGCAGGGUCUGGCUGCCUGGCCCCAAUGGUCAAGGCCUGGUAGAGCUGAAGGAAGGUCUCAGGACAUUUUCUGUCUGUUGACCUUAAACAUCAGAGUUUCUCAGAACACCUCCAGACUCGUCAUCUCUGUUGGCUUUUAUUGGUCCUGGCACAUGGUGCACUUUGGUUCCCCCAGCCAUAGGCCAGAAAAUUGCCCGGGAGUACUUAAAAGGCAGACUGCCUGCUCCUUCAAAGCCAACCCUCACCUCCCAACAUGAUGUUCUUUCUCUUAUGUUACACCCACUGAGUUUACAGCAGGAACAGAAUACGGCUAUAAGGAAGCUCUGUUCUAGGGUAGCCAUCAACUCCACGGAUAUGAAAAAGCAGCAUUUCCUAUUUGGGGAAACUGGCAAGUCCAAGUCAGGUGCUUUGUUUUCUUCAUAUAUAACCAGAUUAAGAAAAUAGAUCCUGGAAGGCAAAAUUUGAGCCUCUUGAACCUUUUGAUCAGAUGGUGUCCAAAAAGACGCCAGUACACCUCCCUCCUUGAAGUGCUUGGAUCUGCUUGGGCACAUGGGCGUCAAGGUCAAGCCUCAUGAAGCCUGUGGGAUGCCAGGUGGUACUGCCAAGCACCAUGGCACCCUGUUGACAAGCGGAAGUUUGCCACAGGUUUACGGUAAAAAAAAAAAAAAAAGGAUGCUUUACCCUGAAGCAGGUGUUAGCAGCACUUUAUGAGUCGUUGUUAAUAGAAAGUCAGUGGGGAUAGGAUCUCCAACUUCUAAAUUCCCGUUUGGAUUUAAUUAUCUCAUUCAUAGUUCAUGCCUUGGAAGCAAAUUUGGGAGGAGAGGAUGGCCGUUAUAAAAUGAUGGAAAGGAUUUCAUUUUGCCAGCUUAAAGUCAGAGUCACCACAAAAAACUAGCUAAGACAACAGAGUUAGGGUGGGUGUCUCAUUUCUGCUUGAGAAGGAUUUUAGUAGAGGGCAUUUUGAAGCACGUUUUUGUAUCUUACACGAAAGUUGCCUAUUUUUCUGUUCUUUUGAUUUUCGAAUGUAAGCAUGUCUAUUGGUCAUGUAGCAAUUCCCUAGGAAUACAUGUCGUGUCACAUCUUUCAGAUCUGAGUUCUUGGUGUUAGUGACAAGGUUCAUACCAGCCACCCCUCCUCAUCCCCAUACCACUCAGCAGGCAGGCCUGGGAGUCCUAGGUCCAUUAUGGGAUUUAAGACUCAGACUGCCGUAAGAUACUGGGGCACCUGAAGGAGCUGCUGUUUAAAUAUAUUGGGAAUAGAGGCAAAACUGGCAGACAUGGAGCACUUGGACAAGAAAGUGCUGGACUCUGGUGAGGUAGCCCUGGACAAAACCUAGAUUUAGCUUGGAAAGUUGCUGAUAAGAAUCUGGUCCUGCCCUUUAAUCUCCUUUAUAGGUGAUGGCUGAUUCCAGUGGGCCAUUUUGGAUUUUGAAUACUCCCUCAUUAAUUGCCCAGGUCCUCUUGGCCUUACUGGUGAAGUGGCCUUUUCCUUAAGGAUGACAUCACACAACCGGAACACUCUGCCUGAAGUCAUUUCUGGCCUUUGACUUGCAGGUCCGUCUCUUGGUUUUUUGUUUGCAUUUAUUUUUUAUUGGGGAGGGGGAGAGGGUCAAACUAGUUAAGAGAGAAAAAAAAAAGUUCUUUAGUUAAGAGAAGUAAACCCCAAAGUCCAGAAUUAUUUAAAGGGAUCCUAACCAAAUAAUUGGGCUCCAGCUUUCACAAGGCUUCAAGCCCUUGUUAGUAGUUUGUGAAACUAGCUUUAGUGAAAUGAGGCAAGCCGUCUGCCUGCUGAAUCCGAGAUGUGCCAGAGGUGGGAUGUGCUGCCAUGUAGCCUGUUCCACUCCCUUAGUGAGGAGAAGCACAUGGCUAAGGGAGGUGGGGACAGACACACGGUCACUCUGGGUAAGUGGGCCCUUUUCCAGAAGUAUCUCAUCUCAGAUAAUGCUGGGUUGAUAGUUGUGUGUUGAAAUUUGUGGAGUUCAUUACAUACAUGCAUUGAACAGGACAGGAAGAGACUUAGAAAAAGACCAAAUAUGUUACUCAAGCAAAUAAUAUUUUUUAAGUUAUUCCUGGAUAAAGUCUUUAGGAAGUAUGGUACCAUCCUUCUAAUUUGAAAUGUGUACAUGUGUGUUGGGGGUUACAUUAUUUAUUGUCUAAUCUCUGCCAUAAGGCCAUGGUUUGAGGUUCUUUGGUUAUCUUGGUUUUUAUAUUUAAUUUCAGGUGUAGUCACUUGUUUUAAGAUGUGCUACAUAAUUGCCCUCAAGAGGGAUUGUUUUUUAGUUUGUCAAUGUCAGAAUUAAAUGUGAACUCUGAGACAGGAUGCCGGUUAUAGUGAUCAUAAUGGGCACGCCCAACUCCUUGGUUGCCCACAUGUAACAGCAGCUUACUCAAAAGAGCAUAGACUUGCAGCCACACUACAUACAUACCUGUUUGCCUGCUUUUGGGGUAGCCACAGUAGGGAGCUAAGAAUUACAAGGGCUCUAGCCAUAACUAGUUCUCUUUCUCUGGGGGGGAAAAAGGCCUAACCCUUUGGGGGAAUUGCCACCAGAGCAGCCUUGACCACACCUGGCUCUACGGUCACCAGGCCAAGCCCAGCUUCUGUGGGCCUAAGCAGACUGGAGUCCAGAGGCUUACUGCCCACUAACAGUGUCAGCAGCCUCGUGUGCAGUAGAGUCCAAGAUGACAUCUCGUACGUGAGUCCAGUCCAGGAAAGUGUCAUCUGAUGCUCUUACCCCAGGCUGGCAGUGCCUGUAGCUCCAGGAAUGCGACUUAGCUGGCAGGUCAGGUGUCCACACGCUCCCUUUGGUCCAACUCCCAUUAUCUAGAUUGUGAGGCUUCUGAAAUGUCUUAACUUUGAUGUCAUCUUUUAAAGCCAGUCCUUUACAAAGACAGGGCUGGUUUGGGUCUUUGGAGCACAGGGCAGGACGUCCUCAUUGUGUGCCUCCUGCCAACAUGCACUUCUGCGUGUCCAGUCCUGGAUCCUUCAACAUGGUGUGCGUGAACAGGCUUAUAGCUGUCUGACUGAAUGAAUGUACAUGUGUUUAUAUCUCCUCUAUAUGUACAGUGUAUAUAGUGUGCCUAUGUGUAUAUAGAUGUAUAUUGUGUAUACAGACAUGUAGCCACGUAUCCAAACUUUCUAUUUUCUUUUUUAAAGAGAGUCUAUGGUGUCGCUCAUGUAAAUUGACAGGGAUGUUCCAAGGCCCCUCAGCAGGGGAGAUUUGCUGGUGAUCUUCUUAACUCCAGUUCCCCUUGGGUGAGCCAGGCUGGGAAGGGCCAUGAAUGGCCACUCUGCACAGGGAAAGAUCCAGACAGAGAGGUUCUGACAGGAUGACGUGUCUCUGUGUUCUCUCGAUUCAGACGAGGGCCAAAAAGCUGGAAGACAGUUUAUUAUAAUAUCCAAAACUAGGUGGUGAUUUUUAACCUGCUUUUCACAUACCUAUUUAUGGCCCAACUGGAGGGAACAUAGUAGUUAAAGCCAUCGACCUUCCCAGACACUCAGUGCAUCGAAUGGUCCAGAGACAACAUCGUGGUCCAAGACCCAGAAUGGUCCAUCUCAAGGGAGCUUGACUCCCACAUGUGGUAGCAAUUUCCCACCUUCCUGUGAUCAGUCAGCAAGGUGGGGGCACUGUCCUGCAACUAAAUAAAUAAAAAUUCCCAUCUGUCUAAUACCAGCUAAAAAACAUUAGAUAAUCUCUAAAAAUAAGCAUGAAUGUUGAUGGUUAAAUUGUGGCAAAUAAGCUACAAAUCUUGAAUUACUUCCCUACACAUAAACGCAUGUGAAUGAAACCCAUUGACUUAACACCUUUCUGUAAAUUAUGAUUUAAAAAUUUAGAUAAAAAUUCCAUUUUGUAUGGAUACAUGUGCCCAUAAAGCUAUAGAUGCCACAUUUUCCUUGUCCAGAUCUAUUUUGAUGCAUUUUCCCCCUUAAUCAGGCCUUAAACUGGGGAGCCCCUGAGGAGGCCAUGCCCAGCCCACAGUGCUGCUCACUGGCCCUGUGAGCAGGGCUGAGUGAGCACCCGGGAUGCUGGCAGAAACCAUUCGAUAACCACAGAACUCACAUACACAACAGCUGCAUUUUCUUUUCCUUCUUUUUAAAAUAAGCUAUUGAAGUAUUUGGAAACACUUCAUGAGACCAUAGUACUCAGUGCCUUUUGUGAGACGGUGGGCCAUGUCACCUUCAGCUUCCCCCAUUUUUGAUGUAAAGAAAGCUUGUAUUUCACUGGCCUCAUCCAACAGUGAUUGUUCGACCUUUCACAUGUCAUUGCUUGUCGUGACAAUCACACUAUUGAAGAUGGCUUUCCAGUCAAAAUGCAAAUGAAAUCUUGACAGUCUGUAAAUGAAUCUUUAAAUGUUCCCUUGGGCUGUUUAUCUUAACCACAUUCUAAAAAUAAACUGUGAGCUUAAAAAUAAGAGUUUAGGGGAAGAGAGAGACGCAUAUGAGGUUUUUUUUUAAUGCCCAGCUAGACUUUCAGUUACAAAACCAGUCAUUUUGGCAUCUCAGUAUUUACACAUACAACAUAGAAGAAAUGCUCAGCAACGUUUACCACUCCAUUUACAGACUGUGUUAACGUUUAGUACUUGGAGAGCAUUUGGGAGCACUUUAUGUAUGACCAGCUGUCAUUUUAAUGACCACAGCAUUCAUCAGCUCACACGCUGCUGCCACAUACAACUCAAGUGCUGGGAUAUUUUUCUACAGUCUCCCCGUCCUCCCAAUUACCUUGUAAACCAGUGUUUAACUAGUUUUAUAACUACUAAAAAGCUGCACAUUUUUCCUAGUACAAACUGUAGUUUUUACUUGUAGUUUGGACCUCUCUGUUAAAAUGUAGCUGUAUUACCAGCCCUUUUAAAAGUCAUCUGUUAAAGGAAAAUUCGGAUGUUAGAUUUUCUUGGGACCGUUUCUGUAACCUCUGUCCUUUACAAUAUAGAAAAUAUUGUUUAUGCCAUUACAUUUUAAUUCCAGGUUUAAAACCUGUUGAAAGCUAUAGCUUUCCACAGCUUUUUUCCCCCUGUGAAAUCAGCUUCGUAUGUGUGAUGGCAUUUAAAAAAUAGCAUGUUCUUUUUAAAUUGAAUUUUAUAUCUAAUCAAUGUCUUCAGUCUUGAAGAAGAAUUUGCAUUGUUGUGUUUGUAUAUAGAGUAUUGCAGUGCAUGAAUUAGCUUUAUGCAUUUUAUUAAAUGCUGUUUCAAUGUGGCAUUGUUGUGGCUUAAUACUACUACCUAAAUGAGGUUUAUACUAUUAAAAGUGAAUUAAAGACUAA